UGUGGUGUGGCACGGGCGAGCGAGCAGCCGUCCGAGGCAGGAGUGCGCGUGCUGCGUGUCGCGAGCCGGCGGGCGCGCGUCCCGGCAGCCCGGCCCGUCCCCUCGCCUUGCGCUCCAGAGUGCGCGGCCGAGGCGGACAUGGAGCGCCAGAGGUCCCCCCUGUUGCAAGUGAAGGUGAACACAGAGCCGAAGACGCACCUGGCCAAGGCCUCCUCCCGCCUUCCUCUCGCAGGAAGCAGGCUCAAGAGGGGGCUGGAGCAGAUGGAGCCAGCCCUGGAGCCAGCAAAGAAGCGGACACGAGGCCUGGGCCCAAGCGCACCCCUCAGCACAGCAUCACAAAGCCAGACCGCAGUUCAAAAGCUUCCCAGGAAGACAGGACCAUGCCCCCCAGCUACAGCGCUGAAGAAUCAGAGGUUGGCCCCCACUGUUCCUGCCCAGAAGCCUGCUGCACCUGCGGUUCCUGUGGUAGGAGGCAAGAAACCUGGCAAACGUCCUGGCUGGGACCUCAAGGGUCAGCUGUGCGACCUCAACGCAGAGCUGAAACGCUGCCGAGAGAAGGCACAAACGCUGCACCAGGAGAACCAGCAGCUGCGGGACCAGCUCCAAGAGGCCCAGCAGCAGGCCAGUGCCCUGGGGAUGGAGCGCAGCAGCCUGGAGGGGGAGCUGGCCCAGGUGCGGGCCCAGGCUGAGCAGGGCCAGCAGCAGCUGGGGAGUCUGAGUGCCCGCGUCUUGGAGCUGGAAGAGCGGCUGGGCACACAAGAGGGCUUGGUGCACGUGCUCCGGAAAGAACAGCUGGAGCUGCAGGAGGAGCGGAGGACGCUGACCACCCGACUGGAGGGGCAGGAGAGGAGGCUGCAGGCAUCAGAAACAGCACUGUCGAGCAGCCAGGCGGAAGUGGCAUCUCUGCGGCGGGAGAAUGAAGCCCAGGCAGCCUUACUGGCUGAGCGAGGAGACCGUCUCCACGGGCUAGAGAUGGAGCGCCGGCGACUGCAUAACCAGCUGCAGGAACUCAAGGGCAACAUCCGGGUAUUCUGCCGGGUCCGCCCCGUUCUUGCAGGAGAGCCCACCCCAUCCCCUGGCUUCCUUGUGUUUCCUCCUGGGCCUGGAGGGCCUUCUGAUGUCCCCACCCGCCUUAGCCUCUCCCGCUCUGAUGAUCGGCGUGGGACCCUGACUGGGGCUCCAGCCCCACCUACCCGGCUCGAAUUCUCCUUUGACCGGGUGUUCCCACCAGAAAGUAGGCAGGACGAAGUGUUUGAAGAGAUUGCCAUGCUUGUGCAGUCGGCUCUGGAUGGCUACCCAGUAUGCAUCUUUGCCUAUGGCCAGACAGGAAGUGGCAAGACCUUCACGAUGGAGGGUGGGCCUGCGGGAGACCCCCAGUUGGAGGGGCUGAUCCCUCGGGCUCUGCGCCAUCUCUUCUCUGUGGCCGAAGAAAUGAGUGGCCAGGGCUGGACUUACAGCUUUGUGGCGAGCUAUGUAGAGAUCUACAAUGAGACUGUCCGCGACCUGCUUGCCACUGGGUCCCGAAAGGGCCAAGGAGGCGAGUGCGAGAUUCGCCGGGCAGGACCUGGGAGUGAGGAGCUUACUGUCACCAAUGCCCGCUACAUCCCAGUCUCCUGUGAGAGAGAGGUGAGGGCCCUGCUUCAGCUGGCCCAUCAGAACCGGGCCGUGGCCCGCACAGCCCAGAACGAGCGUUCAUCCCGAAGCCACAGCGUGUUCCAGCUGCAGAUUUCAGGGGAGCACACUGCCCGCGGCCUGCAGUGUGGGGCGCCUCUCAACCUUGUAGACCUGGCUGGCAGUGAGCGGCUUGACUCCAGCCUUGCCCUGGGCCCUGGGGAGCGGGACCGCCUGCGGGAGACACAGGCCAUCAACAGCAGCCUGUCCACGCUGGGGCUGGUCAUCAUGGCUCUGAGCAACAAGGAACCCCAUGUUCCUUACCGGAACAGCAAGCUCACCUACCUGCUGCAGAACUCUCUGGGUGGCAGCGCCAAGAUGCUCAUGUUUGUGAACAUCUCCCCGCUAGAAGACAACGCCUCCGAGUCCCUCAACUCUCUGCGCUUUGCCUCCAAGGUGAACCAGUGUAUUAUCGGUACUGCCCAAGCCAACAAGAGAUGAAGAUGGAGCCAGAACCUCUGUGUUUUGUCUGUGUCUGUAUUGGGAGGGGACAGAUUUCUGGGAUGAUUUGGGGGGUGAAGGGCACUAUGUACUUGGUUUAUCAAAUAAAGAAUACUGCUGGGCAUGGUGGCGCAUCUGUAAUCCCAGCCCCUGGGAGGCUGAGGCAGGAGGAUUACUGAG